GCCAUUCUUUCUGCGCCUGCACUUCCGUGCAGUUUUCAGGUCACACUCCCCUCAGAGGAAGCGCAGUCAUCAUGAGCAGAAAAAAGAACAAGAGUAAAGGUCAGCGCGGCGUUGCGGCUGCCUUGGCCACCUUCCAGGGCGACUCUAUGGCCAUUGAUACCGAAGUCACCGGCGUUCAAGAUUCGACUGCUCCGACAGACGGUGAAUUGACGUCAAUCACAAUAUCGGCUGGUCUUAAACGGCCAUGUCCCGAAGAUGAUCAUGAAGACGGCGGCGGCUGGCAGACAAUCGAAAAUGGUCGGCCGGUAAAGAAACUCAAGAAGAUUCCUGGCCAGGAAUCCAAGCGCUAUCCCGGCAUUCACUUUUCGACCCAGGCCAGGCUUUUUUCCAAGAUCAACGUCUCUUCUUUACGCGACCUGAUCCUGUACAUCUUUGCCGAUGGCCCUGCGCCGCAAUGGGUGUCUGUCAAGCAUCGCCCCGAGUUCAGAAAAAUUGUGGCCAUCAUGGUACCGGGUCUUGACGAGGCCAUGUUCAAGAACGGUCUUGACUUCUCCGCCUACACCGGUCCCACUCUUGAUCAAGCGAUCUCCGGUGGCGGCGCCCCUGAUCCUGAUGAGUACUAUCCACGCGAGCUCAAGAAGGAGCUGUUGCCCGAAGUCCUACAGCCCUUCGCCGACAUGUUCCCGCAUUUGUGGCCUGUAAAAGCUCCAGGUGACGACAAGUAUGGCAAGUUGCACUCGCCAAUGCCUGCAAUGCUUACCGCGCCCCUGCCCAAGAGCAAGGGAACGGGAAUCCAGCCCGUAUCCGAGCCCCACGGCUGGAAAAAUCAGCGAACACGCAUUACGGAGUUUUUGGCCACCAACGAGGAGCUGAUGGAGCAUGGCUUCCCCAUUCACCCAGCUAUGCUGAAUCCAGGGGAGAAAAGAGACAAGUUCAAGGACCCCGAAGGCUGGGUACACACGAGGGUCGAGAAUCUUGAGGAUGGAAAGGUCCCCGAAGGCGAAGUGCAACAGGGCAGUGUCACCGCAGGCCGGGAAGUCUAUGCCCUCGAUUGCGAGAUGUGUAUGACGGGGGAAGCCGAGUAUUCACUUACCAGAAUCAGCUUGGUCUCUUGGGACGGCAGUGUUGUUCUUGACGAGCUUGUCAAGCCGGACAAGCCUAUCAUUGACUAUGUGACCCGGUUUUCAGGUAUCACCAAAGAGAUGAUCGACCCUAUUAACACGACAUUGAAGGAUAUCCAGGCACGCUUGCUCGACAUUCUUGGUCCUCGCUCGAUUCUCCUCGGACACUCGCUUGACUCUGAUCUUAAGGCACUCAAGCUCGCUCACCCCUUCAUUGUCGACACUUCGCUUCUCUUCCCGCACCCUCGCGGACUUCCUCUCAAACAAUCGUUGAAGUACCUCGCACAAAAGUUCCUCAACCGGGAAGUCCAAAAGGGUGGUGGAACCAACGCCGGACACGACAGUAUCGAAGACGCCAAAACGUGUCUCGACCUUGUCAAGAGGAAGUGCGAGAAGGGCAAGGCAUGGGGUGCCGGAGAGAGCCAGGGCGAGAACCUCUUCAAGCGCCUCGCUCGCGCUGGUACGGCAUAUCGCUCGACCGCUGGGCCGGAGGCCACGGGCGGUGCUCCUGUCGGCAAGAGCAGCGCCGCUGUUGACUGGGGUGACGUAAGCAGAAGCGCCGGUAACGCCGCCACCGUCACAAUUUCCUGCAAAUCCGACGCCGAGGUUGAAGCCGGCAUCCUCCGCGCGGUCAAGGGUGAUCCCGACGGCCUCGAAGUUCCCGGCGGCGGUGUCGACUUUGUCUGGGCACGCAUGCGUGAGCUCGAGGCCCUCCGAGGAUGGUGGAACCGCAACAAGCUCGUCCCCGAGGACGCUGGCGGCCCGCCGGCUCUCACUGAUGGUGAUAAAAAGGAGGAGGAGGAAGAGCAGGAGGAUGCCGCAUCACCACUUGAGACCUGCCUGAAGACGCUCGGCGAGCGGUUGAAGCGCAUCUACGACAAUCUCCCGCCCUGCACGGCUUUCAUCGUCUACACCGGCACUGGUGACCCGCGCGAGAUGAGCCGGCUGCAGGCCAUGCAGGCCCAGUUUAAGAAGGAGUACAACACGCCUGGCUCUAAGUGGGACCAGCUUAGUGUGCAAUGGACGGACAGGGAGGAUCAGGCUCUGCGUCGGGCUCUGAAGGUGGCGAGAAGCGGCAUUGGCUUUAUUGGAGUCAAAUAGGCUCUGAGCUCUGGGCGUCCGAGUGGAUGCUUGAGAAAAAAGAUUUAAUACCCGUGGGAGGUGGUAUCAGGGUAGCUGUUGGCGUGAACAUGGUUAUGGAUGGUAGCGAAGAGGUUAUUAGAUGACAUCAAGACAGUAUAGACCUUAUGGCUUUGCUUGGUGCGUCAACGAUGGUUUAUGGAAUAUCGUCAAG